UGCUAUGACUAUCCUAUUAUAUCAAUUCAUUUCAUGGUUCCAAACACAAAGAACAAAAAUGAAAGCUGUCAGUAGUAUUUCCUCUGUUAGCUCACUUCCUACUACAUCACCUUACUUCAUCUCUCAAGUUGAAAAGCAAUGGCCUCAAAGAUUUGCCUUGAGUACAAAGCCAAUACAUCUAAGGCAUUCAAAUGGCUGCAAAGUGAGAGCAACUUUGAAUACUAACAAUAAAUCAAUUGAAAUUCCUCAUCAAUGGUAUAAUCUAGUCGCAGAUCUUCCGAUUAAACCACCUCCACCAUUGCAUCCCAAGACUUUUGAACCAAUCAAACCAGAAGACUUGUCACCUCUUUUUCCUGAUGAAUUGAUCAGACAAGAAGUGACUACUGAUAGAUUCAUUGAUAUACCAGAAGAAGUCCGUGAUGUUUACAAGCUUUGGCGUCCGACUCCUCUCAUUAGAGCCAAGAGGCUGGAAAAGCUUCUUGAUACACCUGCCAGAAUUUACUACAAAUAUGAAGGUGUAAGUCCAGCAGGGUCACACAAACCAAACUCUGCUGUUCCACAAGCAUGGUAUAAUUUACAACAAGGUGUCAAGAAUGUUGCAACAGAAACUGGUGCUGGCCAAUGGGGAAGUGCGUUAGCCUUUGCUUGCAGCAUAUUUGGCCUUGGAUGCGAGGUGUGGCAAGUACGCGCUUCUUACGAUUCAAAACCAUAUCGAAGAUUGAUGAUGCAAACAUGGGGAGCAAAGGUACAUCCAUCACCAUCUAUGCUCACCGAGGCAGGUCAAAGAAUUCUUCAAAAUGAUCCAACAAGUCCAGGGAGUUUAGGCAUAGCUAUAUCAGAAGCUGUUGAAAUAGCUGCUAAAAAUCCUGAUACUAAGUACUGUUUAGGGAGUGUACUUAAUCAUGUUUUACUUCACCAAAGUGUUAUUGGAGAAGAGUGCAUUAAACAAAUGGAAGCUAUUGGAGAAACACCAGAUGUUAUUAUAGGAUGUACCGGUGGUGGUUCCAAUUUUGCAGGACUUAGUUUUCCUUUCAUUCGAGAGAAGCUUAAUAAGAAAAUUAAUCCUGUGAUUAGAGCAGUUGAACCUACAGCAUGUCCUUCAUUAACAAAAGGGAGAUAUACUUAUGAUUAUGGUGAUACAGCAGGGUUGACUCCAUUGAUGAAAAUGCAUACACUUGGCCAUGACUUUGUUCCUGAUCCAAUUCAUGCUGGGGGAUUGCGCUAUCAUGGUAUGGCACCAUUGAUUUCACAUGUUUAUGAAUUGGGCUUGAUGGAAGCAAUUUCAAUUCCACAAACUGAAUGCUUUCAAGGUGCUAUACAAUUUGCAAGGUCUGAAGGGUUGAUACCAGCACCUGAACCAACUCAUGCUAUUGCUGCAACCAUUAGAGAAGCUCUUCAUUGUAAAGAGACUGGAGAGGCUAAGGUUAUUUUGACAGCAAUGUGUGGACAUGGCCAUUUUGACCUUCCAGCUUAUGAGAAAUAUUUGCAAGGUAAUAUGGUUGACCUUUCCUUCUCCGAGGAAAAGUUGAAAGCUUCACUUGCAAAUAUUUCUCAAGUGACUUGAGUUAAGAGAGAGCAAUCCUAUUAGCACUUUUUUUACAACACAUUAUGUAAAAUUCAUGAAUUUUGACAAAAUCAUGUGGAUCUAGUUUCUUAUAUAGUGGAACUUGCUAGUAUAUGAACUUCAAUCAAUAGAGAAUGUAUGGAAAAAGGUGCGUUGAAGAA